AUGCUCGGAUUAGUUACGACAACGACUACAACUACUACUACAACCACCACGACUAGUCCAAUGUGUGUACCAUUCUGGAGUAUGCCCUCUACAGAUCAAGGCACUUAUUUGACAUAUCCAAAUGCUAAUACGCUGAUUUCUGGUUAUCUUAGUCGUAGUGUUUGCGCAACAUUUCGCGCGAGUGCAGCAAAUUUUGAUAGUAUCAUAUUUGCAAUUGGCUCAUCACUUACAACGGUGACCGGAGGAUGCAAUCAGCAUUUCGCUUUAUCUGUCAUUAAUGCCAGUUAUGUCACUGUGUAUGGUAUGUGUGGGCCGUAUGAUAAUUCCUAUAUUUACACUGGUCAAAAUACACUCUAUGACGGAUAUUUUCAUCAGAUAUGUGUUACAUACGAUAACUCUAAUGUACAACUGUGUAUUUAUCUCGAUUCAUCACCACCACAGUGUCUUAUUCGAACAAAUCCUCACUACAAUACAGGUCUUGGUGAUGUGCGGAUCGGAUGGUGGCCCGAUUUAAAUCGUAACUUUACUACAGCGGGCGGUGGGCUAAUUAAAUGGGUAUCAUUAUUUGACCAGGCGAUUAAUCAAAGUUGUGUUGCGUACCAAUAUCAAAAUAAUUUUAGUGGAUAG